ACCAUGUUGACGAGCAGGUCCAUAGUGUUUGUGGUCUCAGUGUUGAUCUUGUGGGACGGUGCUCGUGGCUUCAUGCCCCUCUUCUCUUCAAACUCUACCACACACCGAGACAUCACCAGACAGGCCGUCCUGAGGAAGACCGCAGAGGUGUGCAGGGACAUCGCAGCCUCUGAUGGUCGGACUUUCAACCUCACGAUUAACAAUGCGCUGACAGUGGAACAAGUCCAGUCAGCAUGUUCAGGAAACUCCACGUCAAUCCUGUCCUCGGUCAUGUACCACACGUCCAUAGCCUCCAUGUACUUCAGUAACGCCCUGGUCGACGUGGUCUACGCACUCAGCGAGGAGCACCACUUUGACGAUGAGACGUUCAAGGGGGGCAGAGAGGUCCUCACUUCAGAUGUGUUUGCGGUGAAAUCCAGCGUGAAACAGGAGAACUUUGUAGCUGGACGGUUUGCUUUGGGACGAGCCUGUCACACCCUUCAGGACUUCUACAGUCACAGUAACUGGGUGGAGCUCGGAAAGACCGCUCCCUACAGCGCACUCAUCAUACCCGACCGGAGCCUGGAGAACCUGGCAGGACCAAAUGUGAGCACAUGUCGAAACUGUACUAAUGGAGAUUGUACAAACAACAUCUUGCCUGAUGUACUACAACAGGGCCUGCUCACCUCUGGAUACUUCAACAUCUUCUCCUCAGAAAAACCUCACGGUAAAUGCAGUCACGGAGGGUUCUUUGAUAAAACCAGUAGACAGCCCCCCACAGGAGGCAUCAGUAAGGACACAGUGGACUCCAGUCAUGGCAGUCUCCAUCAACAAGCAGCAGAUCUGGCUGUGAAUGCCACCAUGGAGCUGCUGGAGGACAUCAGGCUGGCUGUGGGAGACAACAACUUUCUCAGCCUGAUGGGCCUCUCCCAGUCCACCGUGCUGUGCUUCGUCAUCGACACCACUGGCAGCAUGGCCGACGACAUCGCAGAGGCCAAACGAGUGUCUUUUGAAAUCAUAGACAGUAAGAGAGGAUCCCAGCAGGAGCCGUCUGCUUAUAUACUAGUGCCUUUCAAUGACCCGGAGUUUGGACCUCUGAUAAUGACCACAGACGCAGACAAAUUCAAAGCAGAAAUCAACAAGCUCUCAGCAAGUGGAGGUGGAGAUAUCCCUGAAAUGUGCUUGUCUGGGUUACAGCUUGCCAUGACCGCUGCGCCUCCUUCCUCUGAGAUCUUUGUUUUCACUGACGCUCCUGCUAAAGAUGCUGAUCUGAAAAGUACCAUCAACGCUUUGAUCGAGAGCACCAAGUCUGUGGUGACGUUCAUGUUGACAGACGUGUUGAGCUCACGGCGCCGCAGGGGUGUGGGGGGUGUGGCUUCCCGGGCCAUGAGUCAGGCGGAUGCUCAGCUGUACCGGGACCUGGCCAAAGCCUCAGGGGGCCAGGCCAUCGAGGUCACCAAGUCUGGCCUGUCCGCUGCCACUACAGUUAUAGAGGACUCAUCGGCCAGUGCAGUGGUUAAUGUCUUCCAAGUGGUCAGUAACCCUGGAAAACCUGAGAAAUUUAACUUCACUGUGGAUGAUUCGAUAAAAAACAUGACCCUCUACAUCACUGGCAGCUCAUCUCUCAGCUUCAGUCUCUCCAGCCCUUCAGGUGCCUCUCAGAGUUCCAGCGUGUCCAGUGGGCCUCUGGCUUCAAUGACCACAGCAGGAAACCUCCGGCGCUUAAGUCUCAACACUGACAACCAAACAGGAUUGUGGGAAAUUGAUGUCAACUCCAACGAUCCAUACUCUGUUAAGGUCAUAGGUCAGAGCUCAGUGUACUUUAUCUAUAACUUGGUUGAACCCAACGAGGGAGCUCACGGAGACUACAGUCUGAAGGAAGGACGCCCGCUGACUGGUGGUAACGCUACAGUGUUGGUGACAGUUACCAGUGACGCGGUGAAAAUCACAGAGGUCACACUCUACGACAGCUCUGGACCCACUGAGGUCAAUGGAACACUGCAGGCACGUCCCGUCAGUGAUGGGAACAUUCUUGUGUUCUUCCCUAACAUCCCAUCUGGAGACUUUGUGCUUCGUAUAAAAGGAGAGGACAGCGCCACCGCCACCACGAGGGCAACACCCACCAGCUUUCAGCGACAAGCAUCCACUCAGAUAAAGUCUUCAAGUAUCUCAGUCACCGCCCAAGUGACCAGCGCCUCCAUUGAACCCGGCUCCUCCCUCUCCGUCCCAUUCACUGUGACCUCCAUGUCCAACGGGGCGGUCAAUCCAAACGCUUCUGGGACGUUCUCGAUCAAGGCCCAGAACGACCGCAGCUACUCCUCCAGCUCUCCGUCCUCCCUCAGCAUGAGCGAGGGCAAGGCCAACGGCACGGUCACCAUCACUGUCCCCUCCAGUGCGGCGUCCGGGACAGAUGUGACCCUCACCAUCACCGCUCAGGACUCCGCUGCCUCCGACAUAAACUACACCGUGCUCCGCUUUUCUGUGACUGCAAAGGUGACGGACACGACCCGGCCCGUGUGUCAGGUGGUCAGUACAACAGGAGACUGCUCUUCUUCUGUGUGCUCCUCUUCUCAAUGGGGACUCACCGCCAACAUCAGCGAUGGUGUGAAUGGGACGGGCAUAGACAGUGUGACCCUGCGCCAGGGCAGCGGGACCCUGAACACCACCUCCUCCUCAUCAGGGGGCGUAAACAUCACUGUGGCAACGUACAGCGCCUCCUGCUGUUCACAGAGCGUAGAGCUGAAGAUUCUGGAUAAAGUAGGGAACGUGCAGCUGUGUACUGGACAGGCCAAAGUGGCGACGACAGCAGCUCCAGUCACCAACACCACAACAAACUCUACAGCCGUGGGUCUGCACUCAGUGAGCCUCAGGCGCCCUCUGUGGGUCAGUCUGCUGCUGCCUCUGGUUUGGUGGUAUUAA